AUGAUACUUCCAAUUACUAGAGUUGUUUUUAUUAAAAAUAAAUCAAAUGAUAAAGUCGUGAAAAAGAUGAAAUUUAUGUGUAAAAGAAAUUUUGGAGGGGUAAAGUUUUUAGAUACUAAUAGAACAGCAGAAGAAACUGUUUAUUUUAAAAAAGAAGAUGAAGCAUUAUUAAGAAAUUUACUUAAAAAUAAUCCUAAUCUUAACCCUAACUACGAUUUAACUGAUGUUGAAAGUGGAGCAGAGAAUUUAUCAAAUGAUUUAUCACUAGUUUUUUCAAAAUAUGGUAUAAAAGGAUUAAAUAAUAAUCUAAUGAAAGACUUGAUUAAAGUAUUUGAGUUAAAUGGAUAUAGAAAAAUGUUAGAUCAAUAG